UAUUGGCAGUGUUCAUAAUGCUUUACUCAAAAAAAUCCAGAAUUCAUUAAAAGCUUUAGCUGAUCUGGUUCAAAAAAAACGACUCUGGGCGGCCUACCAAACUAAAUUGCAAGAGGGUAAGAAUUUUCUGGAAGUAAUGAAAAAAGAUCCUGUUUAUGAUUUGUUUAGUGACGAAAUGGAAAAAGAAAAGCAAGACUUACGAAGAUUACAAGCAGAAAACGAAGGAAAUAAAAGAUUUAAUACUAAGG